CAGCCUAGUCACUGCCAACGUAGGCGCUACCGCGGCUGCCGUCGUUGCCGCCAUUUUGACGGCAGGAACAGUCAGGUUCUGGACGCUGACGCCUUCGGUGGUGGCUUACGGAUGGUCUCCGCCCGAGUUAGGCCUUCCAAAUUCGCCCAUUUGGGCCACGUCCCUCGGAUUAACUUUACAAAAGAAAAGCUAUUUUCCGACAGUCCUCUCCGCUAGAAAUGGCCAAUGUGCUUUGUAACAGAGCCAGACUGGUUUCCUAUCUCCCAGGGUUGUGCUCUUUAGUUAAAAGGGUUGUCAAUCCCAAAGCCUUUUCAACUGCGGGAUCCUCAGGUUCUGAUGAGUCUCACGUGGCCACUGCACCUCCAGAUAUAUGCUCUCGAACAGUAUGGCCUGAUGAAACUAUGGGACCAUUUGGACCUCAGGAUCAGAGAUUCCAGCUUCCUGGGAAUAUAGGUUUUGAUUGUCACCUCAAUGGGACUGCUUCACAGAAGAAAAGCCUGGUUCAUAAAACUUUGCCUGAUGUUCUAGCAGAACCUUUAUCAAGUGAAAGACAUGAGUUUGUGAUGGCACAGUAUGUAAAUGAAUUUCAGGGUAAUGAUGCACCUGUCGAACAAGAAAUUAACAGUGCAGAAACUUACUUUGAAAGUGCCAGAGUAGAGUGCGCAAUCCAAACAUGUCCAGAAUUGCUGCGAAGAGAUUUUGAAUCACUAUUUCCAGAAGUAGUUAAUAACAAACUAAUGAUUCUGACUGUAACACAGAAGACUAAGAAUGACAUGACUGUUUGGAGUGAAGAAGUGGAAACUGAAAGAGAAAUGCUCUUAGAAAAGUUCAUCAGUGGUGCUAAGGAAAUUUGCUAUGCUCUUCGAGCCGAAGGAUACUGGGCUGACUUUAUUGACCCAUCAUCAGGUUUGGCAUUUUUUGGACCAUAUACAAACAACACUCUUUUUGAAACAGAUGAACGCUACCGACAUCUAGGAUUCUCUGUUGAUGAUCUUGGAUGCUGUAAAGUGAUUCGUCAUAGUCUUUGGGGUACCCAUGUAUUUGUAGGAAGUAUCUUCACUAAUGCAACACCAAACAGUCAUAUUAUGAAGAAAUUAAGUGGAAACUAGCAGUAACGUCAGUUUAUUUGCAGAACUGUUUGUAUUAACAUUUGAGUUGAUCUAUAAACAUUGUCAAAGACUUCAAUUUUUAAAAGAUACUUAUUUCUAAGUAUUUAUUUCAACAUUUAUGAAUUUACAACAUUCUUAAGUGAUUUGGGAUUUUAAAAUUACAAAUGCUUAUUAUUUGUAAUAUCUUUGAAUACAUGAGCACAUCCACAUCAUAUAGAAUGUGACAAUUAGCAUGUAACCAGGGUAUAAUCUCUUAUUGUUAUUUCUCCCCUUUAUUGAAAAAAAAAAAAAAACUCAGUUUUGUGUUGCUCCAAAAUAAACCACACAUUUGGUUA